AUGCAGAGCCGAGCUAAUCCUCCUCCUCCUUUUACUCGUGCUUCUGCUGUUCAUCGUCGUCGUCUUCAUCCAAUCAGCAACACGAGAAACAUCAUCACGAGAAGAAAAGCUUUUAGGAAGAAGAAAAGCGCAGUAAUACCAAGAGGAGGAUUCUUGGAAGACGCGAUGGAAUUCGCGAAACAGAAAUCCUCGGAAGUCGAAGAGACGAUAAAAUCUGCUGUCACAACAUCAAGUAGUAGUAGUAGUAAUAAAAGAUUGAACGUGGAAGAGUUGAAAGAGGCGCUUUUAUCCAAAAUCGCAACCGUCGAGCGAGGCGCGAGCGCGAGCGAAGAGGAUAAAGAAGAGAUUGACUUACUGGCUCAAAAAGUGGAAAACACGCAGAAACGUAAAAACGCGUUAGAAACGGAGGAGAUAAACGGGAAAUGGGAGUUGAUGUACACGACGUCGGCGUCGAUUUUAGGCUUGACGAAACCGAAAAUUUUUCAACCGUCUGGGCCGAUUUACCAAACCAUCGACGCGAGGAAUUUACGAGCGUUUAAUAGCGAAAGCGCGCCAUUUUUUAACCAAGUGAGCGCGGAGUUAACGCCAACCACGAAAUCGAGCGUGGAUGUACAGUUUAAGAAAUUCGGAUUGUUCGGCGGGUUGAUUAAAAUCAACGCGCCGGAAAGCGCGAAAGGGAAAUUAGACACGACUUUCGUAGACGAGGAUUUAAGAAUUUCGAGAGGCGAUAAAGGAAAUUUAUUCGUGUUGCUCAUGCGAGACCGAUCGGCGAAUUUAGACGCAGAGUAUUAG